AUGUUGUUCAAAUCGGCGUUGACAUCCGCCCUUCUCGCUCUAUCGCUGGGCUCGGAGGCUGUCGCCGCUGCCCAGCAUGGACGAUUUGCGGAGAAAGCUCGAGCGCCUCAGGAGAGGGCCAAGAAGCACCUUGAUGCCCGCACGAACCCAGGCCACUCGGACCACUCAGACUUUCGUUUCUUGAGCUCCAAGACGAAGCCGUUUCUGGUGGACCACUUGCCCGAGGUCAACUUUGACAUUGGCGAGAUGUACUCUGGUCUGAUGCCCAUUGACAUGAAAAAUGACUCGCGGGCGCUCUUCUUCAUCUUCCAGCCGACCAUUGGCGAUUCUGUCGAUGAGGUCACCAUCUGGCUCAAUGGCGGCCCUGGAUGUAGCUCCAUGGAGGGCUUCCUGCAGGAGACUGGUCGUUUUAUCUGGCAGCCUGGUACCUUUGCUCCGGUUGAGAACCCGUACUCUUGGGUGAACCUGACCAAUGUGCUGUGGGUUGACCAGCCUGUUGGAACGGGUUAUUCCAUCGGCACACCGACUGCGACCACGCAGGAGGAAACCGCAGCGGAGUUUGUGAAGUUCUUUAAGAACUUCCAGCAGACUUUCGGAAUCAAGAACUUCAAGAUCUAUGUCACCGGCGAAAGCUAUGCAGGACGUUACGUGCCCUACAUCUCUGCUGCGUUUCUGGACCAGAAAGACAAGGAGUAUUUUGAUCUUGAUGGUGCCUUGGCUUACGACCCAUGCAUCGGCCAAUUCGAUUACGUGCAGGAGGAAGUGCCUGUAGUGCCUCUCGUUCAGCAGAACGCGAACCUGUUCAACUUCAAUGAGACGUUCAUGGCAGAGCUCGAGCACCUUCACAAAGCUUGUGGCUACGAGGAGUACAUUGAAAAGUACCUCACCUUCCCUCCGAAAGAACACCAGCCUCCCAAGUUCUUCAACUACACCACUCAGGCUAAGUGUGACGUGUUCGACCUGGUCUACAAUGAGAUCUUCAACAUCAACCCCGUGCUUCGAUCUCUACGAGAUCAACCUGAUGUGCCCCCUGCUGUGGGAUCCGUCGGGUCGACCGUAUACUUUGACCGACCCGAUGUUAAGCGCGCCCUACACGCUCCCAAUGUCACCUGGCUCGAGUGCUCGAAUGAGCCCGUCUUCGUGGGCGGAGACUCAGGCCCAGAGCAGGAGGGCGACACCUCCGCUAACCCCAUCGAGCAUGUCCUGCCCCAGGUCAUCGAGGCAACCAACCGCGUUCUAAUCGGUAACGGUGAUUACGACAUGGUCAUAAUCACUAACGGAACGCUCCUUAGUAUCCAGAAUAUGACCUGGAACGGCCAUCUCGGCUUCCAAGAAAAGCCUCACAAGCUGAUUAAUGUCGAUAUCCCCGACCUCAUGUAUGCCAGCGUCUUCGCUGAGAAUGGUGCCUCCAGCUUGGACGGUGCCCAGGGUAUCAUGGGUAUUCAACACUACGAGCGUGGCCUCAUGUGGGUUGAGACUUACAUGAGCGGCCACAUGGAGCCCGAAUUCCAGCCGCGUGUUGCUUAUCGCCACAUUGAAUGGCUGCUGAGACGCCGCGAUGAUAUCUAA